GCGAAGAAGAAACGCGCCUGCUUCCGGUUUCAUUGUGGGACGUAACUUCCUUUCUGUCCGCGCUAACCUCCUAGUGAACACGCGCUCGUCUUUCUUGCUCAAAAUGCGUUACGUUGCCGCUUACCUGCUCGCUUCCCUUGCCGGCAAUGACACACCUGACGCCAAACAGAUCAAGAAGAUCUUGGACAGUGUUGGCAUUGAGGCUGAUGAUACCCGUUUGGAAAAGGUCCUCUCUGAGCUCAAAGGCAAAAAAGUAAAUGAUGUGAUCGCUGCAGGUUUCAGUAAACUGGCCAGCAUGCCAGCAGGAGGUGCUGUGGCUGUUGCUGUUGCCAGCUCUGCAGCUGCUGGCUCAGGAGGAGCCGCAGCCCCUGCUGCAGCAGCAGCUGUGGAAAAGAAAGAAGAGAAGAAGGAAGAGUCUGAAGAAUCCGAUGACGACAUGGGAUUCGGUCUGUUCGACUAAGCUCUUUGUAUGGAAUAAAAUUUGUGUACAAAUUUG